CAUGUUGCCAAGACGAGCGUAGACGAGAGUAGACGAGCGUAGCCAAGCGAACAGAGCUUUAUAUUUGGAAAAAUGAAUCCUAAUGCAGUCCAUYUGAAACUAGACAAUAAUGCUGCUGCUUCCAUUGACGCUUACUGGGAAUAUAAAAAAAUUGUUGGUGAAGAUGAUGGAGGAAAGGUCUUUACAGAAGAAGAGUAUGAAGAAUACAAAAGAAAUGUUCUUCCUCAGAGAUUAAAAAAUCGAUUGUACGUUAGCUGGACUAAUCCUGAUGGAUUAGAUUGUAAACUAGUUGGUCCAGAAACACCSUGCUUCUGUAGACACAGAUAUGUUCAACACAAGACAGAUUAUAAAAAGAUWCCAGAAACACGACCAAUCCCAAUUCCUUGUAAAAUUUCAGCUUGCAAGUGUCGUAAUUAUAAUUACGUUCCUAAAAAUGGAUCUCAGCCUAUCAGAUGUCAGUGUAAACACUAUGCUGAUGAUCAUUCAGAGUGCUUACCACAUCGUUGCUUAAAAGAUUGCAAAUGCAUUGCUUUUAAAAGUUCAUUCACAUGCUGUUGUGGCUAUCCAACCUAUGCUCACAAGACAGUAGUUGAAACUAAAGAAGAGCGCCAGGWCAGAGGKCAUCCYGUGGGUCAAGAUGUUCCAUAUGCAGCUAUGGGCGGAAUAACUGGAUUCAGUUCUUUAAUGGAAGGCUACAUGAGACUUGAUGACAGUGGUACUGGGGCACCUCCACUUGAAUUUUUAGAACAACCAAUAGGACCYCAUGAUCAUGCUUUUCUCAAGGCUCAUGCAGGAUUAUCAGAGUUAUCAUUAGAACCAACGAAGCAACAAGGGUUGACACAGGAAGAACAAGACAUGGCAUGGUUUGAAAAAAGAUAUCAAGAAAGAAGAAAAGCUGAACGUCAAUGGUCACGCAUGAAGGAAACAACGCCCAAGAAAUCUAUAGGUAGUACUUCAAGUGGAUCGGUCCAAAAAUCCAAAAGUGCAAGAACACUACCAGCAAAAGAACCCAAUAAUAGAUUCAAGCGUUAAGCACACUACACUCACUGAUUUUCUUCAAUUACUAACGUUUAAUUAUGUGGAUAUCUAUGUAUGCAUAUUAUAUUUAUAUAAGGAAAAAAAAGUUAUUUAUUGCUUAAAUAAAACCGGGCCGCUCAUUGAUUUGUAAACUUUACUAAACCGAUGUACKUGCACCACUAAAGUGGUGUCUACCAUUGAUGUCGUGGUACAUUCUGCAUGAAUAUCAGACCGUGUACACACGAGCCCAGAGAUUUUUUAUCCAUAAAAUAAUGUUUUUAAUUG